AUGGCGUGGUUAAGCUUGCAGCCUGUCACCUCAGCCUUCCUCCAUUUUGGGCUGGUUACUUUUGUGCUGUUUUUGCAUGGUUUGCAGGUGGAUGCUGGCCUGACGGGAGACUCAACCAGUACAGUACAAAACAGCUCGUGUUCAGGAUCUUUUGACUGCAAGGAGGGUGUUAUCCUGCCAAUAUGGUACCCAGAAAACCCAUCCCUUGGGGACAAAAUUGCCCGUGUUAUCGUAUACUUUGUAGCGCUGAUCUACAUGUUCCUUGGAGUCUCCAUCAUUGCAGAUCGUUUCAUGGCAUCUAUAGAGGUCAUUACAUCACAGGAGAAAGAAAUAACAAUUAAGAAACCCAAUGGAGAGACCACAACAACCACCAUUCGGAUUUGGAAUGAAACUGUUUCCAACUUAACCCUCAUGGCUCUGGGCUCCUCUGCUCCUGAGAUCCUCUUGUCUCUGAUAGAAGUAUGUGGGCAUGGGUUCAUAGCUGGAGACCUGGGGCCAUCUACAAUUGUUGGCAGCGCUGCUUUCAAUAUGUUUAUCAUCAUUGCCAUCUGUGUCUAUGUGAUCCCUGAUGGGGAAACCAGGAAGAUAAAACACCUGAGGGUUUUCUUUGUCACAGCUGCAUGGAGCAUCUUUGCUUACAUCUGGUUGUACAUGAUCCUUGCUGUCUUCUCUCCAGGAGUGGUUCAGGUUUGGGAAGGCCUGCUCACACUUUUUUUCUUUCCACUUUGUGUCGUUCUGGCUUGGAUAGCGGAUAGACGUCUGCUUUUCUACAAGUACAUGCACAAAAAGUACCGUACUGAUAAGCACAGGGGCAUUAUCAUAGAAUCAGAAGGUGACCACCCUAAGGGAAUUGAGAUGGAUGGCAAGAUGAUGAACUCUCACUUUCUAGAUGGGAACUUAGUGACUGUGGAGGGGAAGGAGGUAGAUGAAUCUCGCAAAGAGAUGAUCCGGAUUCUAAAGGACCUGAAGCAAAAGCACCCGGAAAAGGACUUGGACCAGCUGGUGGAGAUGGCCAACUACUACGCUUUGUCUCAUCAGCAGAAGAGCAGAGCCUUUUAUCGCAUUCAAGCAACCAGAAUGAUGACGGGAGCUGGCAAUAUUCUGAAGAAGCAUGCAGCUGAGCAAGCCAAGAGAACCACUAGCUUGCAUGAGGUACGGCCAGAGGAACCUGAGGAAUUCAUCUCCAAAAUUUAUUUUGACCCAUGCUCCUACCAGUGUCUUGAGAACUGUGGUGCCGUUCUCCUGACAGUGGUGCGGAAAGGAGGGGACAUGUCCAAGACCAUCUAUGUGGACUAUAAAACAGAGGAUGGCUCUGCCAAUGCUGGUGCUGACUAUGAGUUCACAGAGGGGACUGUUGUCUUGAAAUCUGGGGAGACCCAGAAGGAGUUCUCAGUGGGAAUUAUUGAUGAUGACAUAUUUGAGGAAGAUGAGCAUUUCUUUGUGCGGCUCAGUAACCUCCGUGUGGUGGAGAGUGAGGAACCUCCAGAGCUCGGUAACUCCCCAUACCCAAAGGCCAUAUUGGCUUCUCCUUGUGUGGCCACAGUGACUAUCCUGGACGAUGACCAUGCUGGCAUCUUCACAUUUGAGUGUGACAUUAUACAUGUCAGUGAGAGCAUUGGUGUGAUGGAAGUCAAAGUCCUAAGGACAUCAGGUGCGCGGGGUACAGUCAUAGUGCCAUUUAGGACAGUAGAAGGGACAGCGAAAGGAGGUGGAGAAGACUUUGAAGACACUUAUGGGGAGCUGGAGUUCAAGAAUGAUGAAACUGUCAAAACAGUUCACAUCAAGGUAAUUGAUGAUGAGGAGUAUGAAAAAACCAAGAAUUUCUUCAUUGAGCUGAUGAGCCCCCGCAUGGUGGAUAUGAGUUUACAGAAAGCUCUGGUUCUGCACUCUGCAUCUCCUUUCCCUGUAUCAGGAUUUCGUCAGCUGCACAGCCGCACUCACAGGAUCUUUGCAAGUCAAUCCAGCCAGGCAGAUGAAAAGUCAGACCCCCAGCCUAUGACAGUUGAAGAGGAGGAAGCCAAGAGAAUUGCAGAGAUGGGCAAACCAAUACUCGGCGAGCACCCCAAACUGGAAGUCAUCAUUGAGGAGUCCUAUGAGUUCAAGAGCACCGUGGACAAGCUGAUUAGGAAGACAAACCUGGCUUUGGUUGUAGGGACACAUUCCUGGAGGGACCAGUUCAUGGAGGCCAUUACUGUGAGCGCAGCAGGCGAUGAGGAUGAGGAUGAGUCUGGUGAGGAGCGCCUGCCAUCCUGCUUUGACUAUGUGAUGCACUUCCUGACAGUCUUCUGGAAGGUGCUGUUUGCCUGUGUGCCCCCCACUGAGUACUGCAAUGGCUGGGCGUGCUUUGUUGUCUCCAUCCUCAUCAUCGGCAUGCUCACGGCCGUCAUCGGCGACCUCGCCUCCCACUUCGGCUGCACCAUUGGCCUCAAGGACUCGGUCACCGCCGUCGUCUUUGUCGCCUUCGGCACUUCUGUACCAGACACCUUCGCCAGCAAAGCCGCAGCCAUCCAGGACAUGUACGCUGACGCCUCCAUCACCAACGUCACAGGCAGCAACGCUGUCAAUGUCUUCCUGGGCAUCGGGCUGGCGUGGUCAGUGGCAGCGAUCUACUGGGCAUCGCAGGGGCAGGAGUUCCAGGUGUCAGCCGGCACCCUGGCGUUCUCCGUCACCCUCUUCACCAUCUUCGCCUUCAUCUGCAUCAGCGUCCUCCUCUACCGCCGGCGACCCCAUCUUGGGGGGGAGCUGGGUGGUCCCCGAGGGUGCAAAGUGGCCACGACAUUGCUCUUUGUCAGCCUCUGGCUGCUCUACAUCCUCUUCGCCACCCUGGAGGCCUAUUGCUACAUCAAGGGGUUUUAG